AAAGAAACAAUGGCGUUUGCGGCGGCAGCAUUCGACUGUAAAGAAAGCCUCUUGCAAGAGCUGGACUUCGAUCGACCUUGCAGCGCGGCAGUGCCUGGCGAAAGGUGCUGGCUCAACAGCGAUUUGACACAGUGGAACCGAGUGCUGCACCGGCUCGCGUUCGAACUCAUCGAGACAAAGCGAGGCGGGCUGCGCUUUUCUUGGGAGAACAUGGAAAUUGCGCGGGACCCCGACUCCGUGUCUCGCGAUGCGGCAUUCCUUGCUUCACAGCUCCUCUGUCACCACGCCUGCAUCGACGAACUGGAGCUCCGCUGCGUCGCUGACACUGGCCGGUUGGAAACGCCUGCGUUCUUCAUUGUUCUGCGUCCUUCAUCGUCAGCAGGCGAAUCCGUUCGAGUGAUACGCUCGCUGGACGUUUGCGAGAUGCCGUUCGAAGAAGCUCGACGUCAGGGCACGCUCUACACAUUGCAAGGUGUCGACGCCAUCGGCUGUCUCGAAACCCUUCUCUUCCGAAGCCAUGGAUACAAAACCAAGUUCACAUCAGACCUUGGUGCGCUAUUACAGCACAACCGGAACUCCCUCAAAUUUGUGCAUGCUGUGUGCUCCGAGGAAGCGAUGAAUUCUCGGGACCGUCAAAUACAAGCUGCGGGUCAGUCGUUUGAAGGGCUUAACAUUUUUGACACGUUCACUGCCAUAGACGCGAUCCAGCCUCUUUUUAGAGCAUCGACGCAUUUAAGGGAACUGACCGUGAACGUCCACGGAAGUGAGCUUGCGGUAUUUGCUGAAGCCGUUACGACAAUCAAAACUUUGGCCAAGCUGUUUGUGCUGUUACAUAAGUCUACCCCCGCAGUCCUGUUUGAUGUGCUCAAAGUUAACUCAACGUUGAACUGGCUUUGUGUGACAUUUUCACUCUUAAGUCCAGACUGCGAACGGGCACUGGCAUCUGCGCUGCGCACGAACGCGACCCUCCGACACCUGGAACUCUCCAAUUUUCAAUGUACGUCCAGCCUGGUGGAUCUGGCAGAGGCACUGUCGGACAAUUCCACCCUCGAAUUUCUGGAAUUGAACACUUCCUCCCUGCAGAUAACAACAAUCGCAGCGCUGUGUCGUGCACUUAGUACAAACAAGACGCUGAAGACGUUGGCGCUCAGACUAAGGAGUGGAUUCGGCACCCACGAUGAAAGGGCGGCCUUGGCGGACGAGCUGACCCACAGCGGAAGCUACAGUCGCAUCUGUGUCCCGUUGGCAGAGCCAGACUUGCCAGGCUUGACAGUGAUAUUGGCCUCCGUUACGGCGUGCCCCCAGGAGCUUGACUUCAGCAAUAUCUGGCAUUUUAAGAACGACCUGCUUAUUUCUCUCUUCGACGCCGUCGCUACGAGCUACGUUAGCUCUCUGAGGGUCAUUGUGCCGAAUGACCCUGGUGCAAAGGGUGUUCUCUUCUGCAAAAUGCUCAAGAAGGUCGGAAACCUUCGCUGUAUGGACCUCGUUUGUCGGGAGCUGUUUGCUCGAAAAGUAUUACGCGCUGUUGCAUUAAACAGCAGCAUUGACAGAUUGAUCAUCAGUAUCGUAGACCCGGUGUAUUUGAGAACUGCUGAGGCGCUCUCGUACAUGCUCGCUCACAACGAGUCGUUGACCGAAGUCAGCGUAGACACUGCGAAAAACUGUUUCGGUGAAAGUGCAGCGAGAGGAAUUGCUCGCGCACUGUCUCAAAACAGGCGCAUCACGCACCUUUCGUUACCGUUCGCGUUCAGAACUGACAGCAGCGACAGUUUCGCCAUCUUGGAGGCACUGCGGAACAACCACCGCGACCUUCACCGCGCGAUACAUUUUGCGAUUCUUCCCACGGCAGACAGGCUGUGCGCAGAGGCUUUCGAGCUGUUCUGUGGAAGCCCCGUUUUCCGCCGCCAAUUGGUCGCGGUUGGCGGCGCGCCGCAAGCAGAGGUGACACGGAUCUUGAACUCUGCUCGUAACUACUUGUUAGACAACUACCUCGUCAUCGCUGGCGUGGUGCGGCAGAACGUCGUGAGAUGUCACCCUUCGAGUGCUGCCACUCAGGCAGAUGCGCUCACAAACGACUGCUGGCGAGCGAUUGCGCGAUACUUGAAGGUAUCUGACGUGAUUCUGAACUGA